UGUGACUGUCAAGUAAGUUCAUAAUCGUAAUUACAGCAAAGGCCCCCUGGAACGCAAACUACAUUUAUAUUUUGUGACAUCCCAUAAGAACUACAAUUUAUCGCGAAACGCCGUUACCUUAGUAACCAUCUAACAAUUUUUUUAUUAGGAGCAUGGAGCUAGCCAGAUCGCUUUAAAUAAUACCGGAAAUACGAAAGGGUAGAUAGCCUUUUGACGUGCUCCGAGGGCAACACUCGUUUGACUUUUAUUACAUGGAAAUUGAUGAGAAAACAAGGACACAUAAUGACUGAUAAAAAGUUUCAAAUUGGACCACCGGAGACUAGAACGACGCUUCCUACCUACCAUUGGUAAUGUGGAUGCGCUAGCUGGCUAACGUUACAUCUUACUAAAGACAACAUUGGGUACAAGGAAAAGUUGAUGACCAAAUGCCUGAAAGAUGCAAAGAACAAACAUCAUCUCUCAGGUGCUUUGGAUGGCCGUCGUUGGCGUUUUCUAAAUGUGGGACUUGAUGACUUCAGAGAUGGGUAUCCUAGUGCUAGAACAGCGGUUCUCUCUCAGGCCCAGAGGGGCAUGUCCCCUUCCAUUUUUGGGAUGCCAAGCCCUACAUCUCUCUCUGAUAAAACACAAUGGAAGCGCUUCUCGAAAGAGCAGGCUUGCUUCUCUAAGAAGAACCCUCAGCAGCAGGCACACCGGGAGCAUGUGGCUGCAGUGGAGCACAAACUCAAACAGCAUCCUCUGGCUCUGUACCCACAUUUAGAGCAUGGCAUGCCCCCAGAGUUGUUUGAUCAGGUGAUAUGUGUCCUGGACCCGGAUAUGUAUGUGAACAGAGCUUCUGCAGUGACUUCACCAGAAAAAGAAGAGCAGGCGGACGACUGCACUGAGCCGUGGGAAACCAUCAUGCGUGAAUCGGAUUCAGAGGAGGAAGUGAGAGAGGGACCACCUGUCAGUGCAAUAAUGACUGACGAUUUAUGUGCAAAGAACCCUUACAAAGGGCUGCAAAGAAAGCAGAGCAGUGCCAAGGAAGACCAGAUAGUAAACGUCAAACGACUGCGCUCCCCAUCUCAAGACGAGGACAUCAAGAAAGUCACUAAGCUUUUCUGUGACUGGGUCGCCUCAUUGGGAGGAGAGAAGAACAACCUGACUGAAUCCACCCUACAGGGCCUGUUUGUCAGUGGGUAUGAGAAGAAGCCAUCCCUGACCUUCCCUAUCCAGGUGGUUGAGCCUAAGAACGUGCCAGAGGACCUACGUAACUCUGUGGAGGAUCUGCGCAGAGCCCACACCUGUGAAGACCCCUUAAAGGACUCAGAACCAUACAAGAGCAAACCAGGAACUAAAAGGCCCAAAUAUGGAGCAUGGUACCUGGAUACUAAAACAUGGAAGAAAAGAGAUGCUGAUGAACCAUUAAGAGACCCCAAUGUCAUCCCUGAGGACUUUGAGUUUCCUGCACAACCAAGUGAAAUGGAUGAUGAACUGAAACAGAUGCAUGGGACUCAAGCGUUCAAGCAGUUCAUCAUCAACAAAGGGCUGAGGGUGCCUAGGUUUCUGAGUACUCUCUUUGAAGAAGAGGAGGGAGACAACCGAUCAAGGCCAGAUGGAGCAGGCUCUGCUUCAACACGGAAGGGGACCGUGGUACUUUAGGCAGGUUUCAAUAGGCAAUAUGUAGGGCAGUUACACUGUAAUAUACUCAAUUUGUCAAAACAAACUGACAUAAAACAUUUGACGCUACGCUGGUACAAAGGUUCUCCUAAUUUUUCACGAGUUUUCAUACGUUUCCAAAUCACUGACUGGCUGUCAAUGCAUGUACAUCAAAGAUCAUCCUCAGUUACCUUGACUAAUGACAUCUUUCAUGAAUAACAAGAAUAUUCUGCUAGCCUGUUGUUUAUCCUCCUGUCAUCAUAUUUGGUGCCAAUCCUCUAUAUUUGGUGUCAAUUUUGCCAUGUUGAUAGUAACAUGCCAUGGACAAAUUAUAUCCAUAAUAAAAGACAAUUCACCAUAAUGAUCA